AGCCUGUCUUUUGCUUAUAAAACAAACAUCAUUGAAAAAAUUAAUUUCUGUUUACUCUGAAAUAUAUUAUAUGCUAUUCUAUACUUAUUUAUGUGAAUAAUUUAAAAUUAUUUCUAUUUGCUUUUCUUGCAUGUUUAUAAAUGUGUGAAUUGUGAUAAUAAUUAUCUAUAAUAAACUUCAAUUGGAAUCAUGACUACAUCUAACCUUAAACUGUUAUGCAGUAACUUUUGCAAACUGAGAUUAGAUAACAUGGUAACAAGAUCUAAUUCAUACUAUAAGCCAAGGUAUCGCCCUCCACAUUGGUAUAUGCCUAAGGAUAGAGUGAUGACUGAUGACAUGGUAACUCAGGAAAAUAAGCAAUUUAUUGAAGAAGUGAUGAAGGACAAGCUUAAAAUGCAAACAGAAAUGAAAUCACCAUUAGUUGAAGGUGAUGUGCAACAAACUGUCCAGUGGUCUCCAUUUAUCAAACGAACAGGUCUCAUAGCACGUAAAAUUGGAAAUUAUCCUGUGUGGGAUAAAAGUGGAAAGAAAUUACAGACUACUUUAUUACAGGUUGUUGACAAUCAUGUUAUAAAGUAUAUUCCUCCUGAAGAAUAUAAGCCAAUGAGAAACUCAACGCAAAGUGGUAUAAGAACACAAAGACAUGGAUGUUUAUUAAUUGGUUCACAAACUAUAGACCCGAGUACUGUGACCAAAGAUUAUUGUGGUAUAUUCGACAGUGUUGGAAUGCUACCAAAACAGCAUUUGUGCCGAUUUUUAAUUUCACCAGAAGCUGCCUUGCCCACUGGAACUCCAUUGUUUGCAACACACUUUAGAGUUGGAGAUUAUAUAGACAUUCGAGCAAAAACUAUUGAUAGAGGUUUUCAAGGUGUUAUAAAACGAUGGGGAUUUAAGGGUAUGCCUGCAUCUCAUGGUGUAACUAAGACCCACAGAAGACCAGGAAAUAUCGGUGGAGGUGGAGAAAAAGGCCGUGUCUGGCCUGGUACAAAAAUGCCUGGACAUAUGGGUAACAGGUGGAGGAUUUUACGAGGUGUAAAAAUUCUUCGAAUCAACACAAAAUAUAAUGUUAUAUGGGCUCUUGGAGUCGCAAUACCGGGUGAAACCGGUGCAAUGUGCUAUUUGUAUGACACUGUGCUACCACUGAAGAAAUUAAAAACGGCCCCACCCUUUCCAACACAUCCUCCAAUGUCUGAUCUACCUUUAGAAUAUUACGAUGAAUCGAUUCAUCCGUUUGAUGACUCUACUAUAACUUUGGAUGACGCCUAAUAAAAUCUAUUAGAAUAAGAUGAAUUAAUAAUAAAUUGCUUAAGAAAAUAUAAAUGUUAUAACAA